AGCGGCGAGGAAGGCGCGCGAGGGUCACGUGCUGGCGCAGUAAGAUGGCGGACGGGAAGGAGCCGCCGCCCAAGCUGAAGGACCUGGCGUUCCUGAAGGACCAGCUGGAGAGCCUGCAGCGCCGCGUGGAACGCGAGGUGAACGCGGGCGUGGCGCAGGAUGGCUCUCUUUUGGCCUCACCUUUCCUCAAGGGCUUCCUGGCCGGUUACCUGGUAGCCAAGCUCCGCUUCUCUGCUGUCCUGGGGUUUGUGGCUGGGACUUGCGUGGGGAUCUACGCUGCCCAGAACUACGACGUUCCCGACGUGGAGAAGACAGUGCAGGACUAUGUCAGUGCGCUGAAAAAAGGUCGGGACUAA